AUGUUAAUUGUUUACCAAAUCAAUUAACCUGAUGAUAACAAUUUCCUUAGAAAUCCGGAUUAAUCUUCUACCUGUUUGUUAAUCAUCAUGAUAAUCAAUCAACAUGAUAACAAGUUAAUUGAAAAUGAGUUUAACUGUUUAGAUGAUCAACUGAUCAACACAAUUAAAAUCAUUUAAUAUAAAAUUUAGAUAAUCAUUAAUUGAGAAAUUGUUUCAAUUACUAUUGAUAAAAAUGACGAAAAUCAAUCAACUCUAAUAACUUAAAUUCUAAAUGAUCAAAUGUUCAAUUGCGAAUCUUAAUAUUAACCUUAACCUGAAUUCUGAGAACUUUUUGUCUCGAGGUUCGAUUUAAAAGAAACUUUUUAUUUCUAUUCGAUUUUCGAAUAAAAAAUCUCGAGAAUAUCAUAUUAUUAUUAGUUUCGAACCAGUUGAUUGACAACAUUUCGAAAAAUUGUCCAGCAGAUAAUAGAAAAGCAAUUGCUCGAUAGAUGGUGUUAGUAGAAUCGAAGGUCGAAUUAACUGGAUUAUUCGAAGAUUGAAAAUUUGGACAAAAUUCGAAAAAAGAACCUAAAAAGAGGUAAAAGAUGAAAGAAAGAGAGAAAAAAGGAAGAUAAAUCUCUUUCUCUUCUUUCUUCAUCUCUUUCUCUUUCUGGUUUUUCUACCAGCGCAUCUCAUUGAAAAGCUCCUCCUUUUUAUUCAUCAUGUUAUCAGAAUAAAUUUUAUUGAUUGGAGUUCAUAUGAGUCUGCUCAUAACUCUCUCUUUCUCUCUCUCUCACUCACUCUCUUCCUCUUUCUUGAUCGAAAAAUGUUGACAAAAGAAAGAGAAGAAAGAGAAAAAGUAAGAGAAGAUAGGGGUUGAAUUAUAUUUCUAUCCCCAUGUAAUUGGCCAUAGUUUUUUUGUUUCUUUUACAAUGAAAGAGAGAGAGAGAGAGGUAGCAAAAAGAAAGAGAGACUGAGUAAGUAAGAGAGAAAGAGAGAAAGAGAGUGGAGAAAAAAAAACAUGAUUCUCUUUCUCUCUCUCUUUCUUUAUCCUCCAACCACCGCCACCACCACCUUCAUCAUCAUCAUCAUCUCCCACCCAGGAGAGAGAGAGAGAGAGAGUUUCUCACUCGACUCCCUCUCAAGUUUGAGUGUCUGUAACCAUGAGUUGCUGAGAGUAAAGUUAAAAAUGGCUGCAUGAAGAGGGGUAUGCAAUGGGCCAUCUCUCCACUCCAAGCAUCUCUUCAAAAAUGCAGGAAGUGCUGUGUAUAAACAAUAUAAAUACUUUGGCCAAUUAAAAGAUAUGAAGUUAAUUGUGAUAAUUUAGUUUUCUUUGGCCUUAGUGUAGCAGCUUACAAGUUAAUCAAAUCAAGUUUUUUUUUAUUACAAUAUACACACAACAAUUAACGGAAUAUAAUCAUCAUCAUCAUCAUCAUUAUCAUCAAACCAAUUUUACCAAGCAGAAUUAAUCAAACAACAACAACAAUUAAGGAGCAACAAUAUCAAAAUUAUAUUAUUAUUAAGAAAUCAAAUCAAACAAACAUCAUUUGAAUUCGGAUCUCAACAUCAUCAUCAACAAUUUUAAUUGUGAAUUCAGUUUUAAUUAUAUACACGAGUGUUAAUUAUUCUCUCCCCCCAAUUUAAUUGUCUCUUAAUUCCUAAUCUAUGUGUAUACAAACCCUAUCAUACAAUAUAAUCAGUGUGUGUGUGUCUCAACAAUUUAAUCAAAAUCAAAUUUAAUCAGUGUUAUCGCCAGAAACAUAAUCAAAAAGGUUAAAACCCAACCCAAUACAUACAAACAAUUAAACUAAAUCGUUGAUUAUAAUCAUCAAUUAAUCAAAAUCCUGAUCAUCACAAUCAUCAUCGUCAUCAUCACAAUUAAAGUUAAGUUCAAUGUCAACUUGGUAAAAGUGAUUAAGUAACAAACAAACAAAAAGGACAACAAUUAAACAGUAACAAUUAAACCAACAAUCAAAAGUCAAUCUGUCAAUAGAAAUUGUUUAAUUUUGUUCAACAAUCAAAUGGGAAAAUUAUCCUCAUCAUUUACCUGAGAAUCAAAUUUGUUUAUAUUAUAUGAUGAUGAGAUUACCUUUUAAAUUUUGAUUAACUUAACCUUUUUGGAUUAGUGAUUUUAAUUAAUUAUAUAAGAUAAAUUGUUAAUCCAUUUUUACCGUAACCAACCCGCCGAUAAUUAACUUUAACGAUAAUGAUGAACUUACCAGUUGAAAAAAGUGAAUCAAUUGAUCAAGUGAAAGAUGAAGAUGUUGAUGAUUAUAUUAAAUCAUCAUCACAAUUAACACCAACACCAACACCAAUGAUUAAAAAUGAACCAAUUGAUGAUAAUAAUAAUACCGAAGGAAAGAAAGGUAAAAAAUUAAAUUCUAAUUCAAAUGAAUCAGUUAAUGGUGAUUUAAUUACUACUCAAACUCACCAUGAUUCUGAUGAAAUGGAUGAAGAUGAGGAUGACCAGUUAUCUUUAUCAAUUGACCGUCGAUCAUCAUCAUCUCGUCAUCAUCAUAAUGAGAGAUUAUCUUCAUCUCUGAUUGGAGAUGAUGAAGAGGCUUCUGGUCAUUCUGGUAAUACACAGGGUGGUUUCUAUGAAUUAGAUGAACCCAGGACAAAGAAACGACGUAAACAAAGUAAUCCAGUUAAAUAUGGAACCACAACCGGAUUAACAAAGAAAUCAUCAUCUCGACAAUUAAAAAAUGCUACAGAUGAAGAUGAAGAAGAUGAUCUAUCAAGAGAUGAGAAUGAUUUUAUCCAUAAAUCUAGAGAAAAUGAGCCAAUGAUGAUGAUGGUUGAUGAUAAUUCAUCUUCAAUCAUUGGAAUGACCAUUGGUCAUCAUCAUCAUAAUCAGCGAGGAUCAUCAACAAUUAAUCGAGCAAAUGUUUUAAAAAGGCGAUUUGUUAAAAAUAAUUGUCAAGAUGAUGGAGGUGAUGAAGAAACGGAAGAAGAUGCUGAACAAGAUGAUGGAGAAGAAGAUGAGGAAGAUGAGGGAAUGGAUGAACCUGUAGAGGGAGACGAAGACGACGAAGAACCCGGUCAAAUGGACUUAUCCGUUGCAGCGGCAGCGGCAGCGGCAGCAGCUCUUAAUUACAGCCAAUUAACCAAAUUUCAUUUCCUUUGUCCACACUGUGGUUGUCCCUUUAUCAAUGAGGAUCAAUUAAAGGAUCACAUUGAAGAAGAGCAUGUGCAAAAGGUAUUAGAACAACAGUUACUACACCAUCAACAACAGCAGCAACAACAGCAACAAAUUGAUUCUCAGCAUCAUCAUCAGCAAUACAAGAAAACACCAAAUGGUAUCUCAAGUAAACAUGGACCUUUCACCGAGGAUUCUCGAGGUCAAGGUCGAUCACGAUUAUCAUCAAUGAAUCGAGAGGUAGAUGCCGAUGUUGCCAGUAGUUUGGGCGAUAGUUGUAGUAAUAGUCCAUUGGGGUCACCUAAAAGUCGUCAGAAAUCAUUCAUUGAUUCAUCAUCUAGUCUAAUAGGAAAUACAAACAAUAAUAACAACGAUCAUCAUUCCCACCAUAGUCAUUCACAACAACAACAACAUCAUCAUCAUCAUCAUGGUACAUCUUCAUCUCAUCAUCAACACUCAACAUCUCAUCAUAAAUCAAGUUCUAAACACUCCAUGACGAUAACAGGAGUUUCCGGUACAAAUAAUAAUAAAAACUCUGGAAUCGGUUCAAUGUCAACAUCGAUAACCGGAGUUACCUCAGUUCCUUCAGGUUCAGCCAAAGAUUUUGCCACUUUACUCUCAUAUAAACUUCAUGGUGUUUCUGGUCAACAAUCAAUACCCACCAUACCCUCAUCAUCAUCAUCACCUUUAACAGGUAAUCAUCAUCAUAGUCAUCAUCACCAAUCAUCAUCUUCCAAUACAACCACAAUUACAACCACAACAACCUCUCAAUUACCAAUUAUCCAUUCAUCUACAUCCCAAUCAGGUCAAUUGAAUUGUGAUGAAAAUUCAAAUAAUACAAAUACAAAUAAUAAUAAUAAUAAUAAUAACGGUAAAGAUAAUAAUCCAAAUAGUUCAUCAAAUGUAAUGCCAAUUGCAAUGUUUCCCUAUUUAUUUAAUAUAUUACCUGGUUCUAAUGGUUCUAAUUGUUCAAACAAUUCGACCACCGGUAACAAUGGUAAUAAUCUUAAUAAUGGUUCGUUAGUGGGUGGAAAUGGUUCUGGUGUUAACUUGACCAGUGGUGCAAUACACAAUGGACUUGGUUUGGCCGGAUUAACUGCAAUUAAUCCUACUCAUGUUCAUCAGAAAAUAUUUAAUCCGGAAGCUUAUUGUGAAUUGUGUAACAAGGAGUUAUGUAAUAAAUAUUUUCUGAAAACUCAUAAAGCCAAUAAACAUGGUAUUUACACCUCAGAUCCAAGUCCAAAUUCAUCUGGACCUGGAGGAUCAUCAACAGUAACACCAACAACAACAGCUAUUUCUGGAUCAGGAUCUCAAGCUGCUCAAGCAGCCGCAGUGGCAGCAGCAUUUAAUACCGCAGCGGCUGCAGCAUAUUUCCAAUCAGCCGCCGGUGGUAUUCCUGGUGGUUCAGCACAAGCUCAAGCUGCUGCUGCAAUGCAAAUGCAGCAACUUUUACAACAAGCAUCUUCAGGUUCAAAUAGAGGUGAUUGUGGUAUUGGUGGUGGUGGAGGUGGAGGAGGAGGUGGUGGUGGUGGUGGUGUGGGCGGUGGAAAUGGCGGAAGUGGACCCAAUUCUGCUUCAGGUACACCCAAUAUUGACUCAGCAACGGUUGUUGCCCUUGCAUCAAGAGCGGUGGGAAUGAUUAACAUGGAAUCUUAUUGUGAUAUUUGUCAGAAACAAUUCUGUAACAAGUAUUUCCUCAAGAAACACCGAUCUAAGAUUCAUAAUAUUCAUUGUUCAUCUUCCUCAUCAACAUCAUCAAUCUCAGGUAAUAACAAUAAUAAUCCAUUAAUGUUAACCGGACCUGGAUUUCAUGGUGGUUCCAAUGAUCAUUCAGUAACUUCGCUAGCCAAUUUAACUGGACUUGCAUUAGCUGCUGGUUCAUCGUCUCUUGAUCGUCACAUUUCAAAUCGCUCAGUUUCACCUUCAGAUUCAUCUGAUCAGGAAGGUGAUUCCAAUGGUUUAACUGAAGCCAUUAGUCUAGUCUCAACAAAGAUACCUUCAGGUUCACCACAACUUUCACCAUCAUCUUUAGAUCAUCAUCAUCAUCACCAUCAGUCCAUCUCAUUGACAAGUAAACACACAAUCAACAAUAAUAAUAGUCAUUCAGAAUCAACCAAAAUGUCAACAUCCAAUUUAACAACAACCACGACAAUGACAACAACAACAACAACAACAACUUCAACCACAGGAAAUAAUAAUCUAGUCUCAAAUGAUGGAGAUAAAUUAUCAUCAUCAAAACAAGUGAUUCCAUCAAUGCAAUCAUCUUCCGUUAACUCAUCACCUUCAUCUUCACCAUCAACAACAAUGUCACCAUCAUGUUUACCAAAUGCUACAAAUAGUAACGAUAAUAAUAACGGUAAUAACUGUGAAACCUAUUGUGACCUGUGUAGGAUUGAUCUUGAUAAUCCAAUGGCACUUCAAGCCCACCGAAUGAUAAUCCAUUCAAUUCCUCAUCAAGGUUCACCUUCAUGGACCCGUGAUCAGUGGCAAGCAAUGAUGGCCUCACUUCAAGCGGAAUCAUUUGCAUUCCUUGGUCGACCGAUUAAUAUACCAGCGGGUGAAAAUAUAAUCUUUACACCGGAAAAACUCCGAGAGAUGGGUGUUAUAAACGCCGAUGCAUUUUGUGAGAUUUGUAAGAAGGAGUUUUGUAAUAAAUACUUUCUUAAAACUCAUAAGGCAAAUAAACACGGAAUUGGUACUAUGGACACUGCAUCUAAUUGUGGGUCAACCACUUCGGGUCAUCUUAAGGGUGAAAGUAAGGGUGGUGGUGAUGAUGAUCAUGGAAUGAUUGGUGAAGGAAGAGGAAGAAGGGAGGGAGUCGAGGGUGAGGGAGAUGGUGGCAGUGAAAAAGGAUCUCGAAUAGUUCGAGAUUUCAGUUAUUCGGAACGUCAAUCAAUGUCUUGUCCAGAAGAUAAUACAAUGUCACCUCGAUCAGAUGGUGAUGACAAUUCAAAUCAACAUCAUCAUCAUCAUCUCAAUUCACCUUUAAAUCCAUCCACUGAUAUUAUGUUCACAUCAUCUCAUGUAACCAUUACACCAACAACACCUACUGGUGAUAACCUGAGGGCAUUUUCAGUUUCACCAUCAACAACACCUCCACUUAAACAAGGAUCACAAGUAACAUUGAGUGUGGUUAAUACAACAAAUCAAGGUAAUAAUAACAGUACAAACUUACCUGGUAAUGGAAUAGGAAUGACAAUUAAUUCAGAAUUUGAGUUAAUUUGUGAAAUUUGUGGUAAAAAUUUUCAAAGUAAAUCGUCACUUCGAGCACAUCGAAUCAAUAUCCAUGGUAUUCGUAAUAAUAAUAACAAUAGUAAUUCAGUCAAUCUAUUUAAUCGAACUGGUUCUUCAUCGUCAACAAUUAACUGUUCAUCCAAUUAUCGUGAUAUUGAAAAUAAAUCACCAGAAUCACCGCAAAAUUGUUCAUCAGUAAAUGAGAAUAACAAUAAUAAUGUAAAUCAAGUUGUUGCUGCAGCAGCGGCAGCGUUUGCAUUAACUGGCCGUCAAUUGAAUAUUGAAGGUUUAAUGUCGGUUAAAUGUGGUAACUCUGGAAUCGGUAAUAGUCCAAGUGGUUUAAGGUCAUCUUCAUCAUCGGGAAAUUGUCGAAACUAUUGUAACAUCUGUAACAAAGAGCUAUGUAAUAAGUAUUUCAUGAAAACUCAUAUGAAGAAAAUGCAUCAAAUUGAUAUCGAUGAGCAUCCAGCCGAAGCAGCGUUUACAUCAACAAUCGGUGGAGUUACUUGUGAUAUUUGUCAGAAAGAAUUGUGUUCAAAAUAUUUCCUUAAAGUUCAUAAGCAAAAUACCCAUGGAAUUGGUGAGGAUACACCAAGUGGAAUGAAAGAUUCAAAUAGAGGUGGAUUAUUAUCAUUAACAUCAACCGGAGGAAUGGGUUUACUUACACCAGGAGGAAGUGGAUUAGGCUCAGCAAAUUUACCACCAAACACUUUACAAAAUAAAUCAUCUUCAUCACCACCAUUAGGAUCUCAUCAAAUUGGUCAAUCAACAAAUGCACUUUUAGCCUUACGAGGAAUGGAAAAUACAACAGGUAAAAGAGGAGGUAAUACCGGUGCCGGUGCCGGUGGUGGUGAUGAUGGUCAUCAAGGUUCGAGUAGUAUGGAAGUUGUCAUGGAUUUUUCGUCCAAUUUAACAUCAGAUACAGAAAAUUCUGGCGGAAUCGAUCCAAGUGAUACAGGUAAUCGUUACUUCAGUCAUUAUACUGAAGUUUGUAAACUUUGUGAGCGUCGUUUCAAAUCAAUUAAAUGGCUUAAAACUCAUAUGGCCAAUGAUCAUAGUGAUUUAAUACCCAUUCGAACCUCUGGUAAUAACAAUGGUUCUUCAUUAAAUUUCCCUCAAAUUAAUAAUAAUAACGCUGAAUUAACGGCAAGUGCAUUUCUCAGUGGACAUGAUCUCAAUCGAAUGUGUGUAAUGUGUGGACAAAUUUGUUCAGAUUGUUUAUCAUUACAAAUGCAUCUAAUUAAAGAGCAUAAAACAAGCCCAGAAGAAUUGAUUAGUUUAACUGGAGCCAAUUUAUUUGGUUUAAAUAAUUUCAACGAUUCUGAAGCAACUGAUUUAUCCUCACCAAUUAGUAAAUCAUCAAUCAACAAUAAUACCUCUUCUAAUAAUAAUAACAAUACUACAAAUGCUACAGCUACAGUUAAUGAUAAUGCCACCAAAAAUACAAGAAAUCUAGAUAAUAUUCAUUCAAAUAGUAAUGCAAUUAAACCAAUGUCACCAUCAAGUCCACCAACAGCAUCAUAUGAAACCUCAAGUUCACCCGAUAACCUAAUUAAUCAAAUAGAUGUUAAUAAACAUGGUGAUGCAAUCGAUGAACAGGUAAACCUUGAAACUGCUCGAAGUUCAAUUAAAUGCCUGCGAAAUGAUCUAGAGCGUGAGAGAAAAGCUCAUGCAAUAACCAAAGAUAAAUUAUCUCAACGUGGAAAUGAAUUAAUUAAUUUAAAAAAUUAUCUACAACUGGUAAGGUUGGAGGUUGCAUCGCUUCAGGCCAAAUUAAAGGAAGCAAAUUGAUGACACAGACAAACAAUCAAACGAAAACACUGAUGGAAACAAAACAAUUUAAGUAACCACCGCAUCCCCAUCCCUACAAGUUAUUACAUUGCUUGGUACAUACACUUACACACACACACAAACACUCACACAUACACACACACACACACACAUAAAUACAUACACAUAAACACACACACACACACACACACACACAACUAUAUAUACACAUACAAAAAACUAUCAUGAUAAUGAUCAUGAUGAUGAUUAUUAUUAUUCUAAAUUAUUCCAAUCAAAAAGAAAUUAUUGAUGGAAAAGUUGUUUGAUUAAAAAGGCGCUAAAAAUGAAACAAAAAACGAAAAAAUUGGCGAAAAAAAAAGACGUGCGAAUUCACAUAGAAAAGAAAAAAGAAAAAUUCUACAAAAAAAGAGCUACUAUUUUUUUACGAAACUCGAAACACAAAAAACUCAAAACUACAACGAAGAAAUUUAAAGGUGAAAAUUUCUCUCUAAGGUGAUAAAGAAUUACAACUAUAAACAAUUAAAAAAGAAAACAAACAAAAAAACGAAACAAUUUAUUAAAUUUGUUGGGAGAUUCUAAUUACAACUAAUUAAAGCAAAUUAAUUCGAAAAGGAGAAAAUUCGAAAAAAAUGCAAAAUUAAUUAAAUUGAUCCAAAAAAAGAAAAACAAACAAACAAAUUCUUAUGAAUGAAAAGAAAUUUAAAAAAAAACUUCUAAGGUGAAUUAAGGUGAUGAUUACAACUCAACGUCUUUCUUAUUGAUUAUAAAAUCUUUUUUUUUGUUUUUUGUUUCACAAGAACUACAACAAUUAACUAACAAUCAAACAACUUUUUCUGUUCCUGAUCCUCUUCAAAUCCUCAAUUUUAAUCCAUUACCUGUAAUCAUCUGAUCCUCUUUUCCCGAACAUUUCAUUUUCCAUCAAACCAAUUAUAUAUUUAACUAUAUAUCUGAUAACUUAGUAACUUUAUCAUUCCCUUUUUUGAGAUGAAACAAAACAAAAUCUAUUUCCUCUGUUUCCUUUUCCGUUUCCUUAUUUAAAACAGAAAAUAAUUCUUAAUUGAUAAAGAAAAACAACAACAAAUGUCACUGUCAAAACCCUUUCUCUCUCUCUCUCUCUCUCUCUCUCUCUCUCUCUAAUCUUAAUCUUAAUCUUGUAAUCUGGUUCCAAUCCAAGAAGGAAAGGAGAUGUUGUACAAUAUUAUACAUAACACUGUAACUUUGGUGCCUUCUUGUUAUUGGAAUCACACCGACAUUUAUCAUCUCUUUCAUAUUUUUUAUCAUUUCUCUUUCUUUUUUCCUUUUCUUAUUCUAUCUCAUCAUCAUUUCCUUUUCCUGUCAUUUUCUCUCUCUCUCUCUCUCUUUCUCUGUCUCUGGUGUGUUUCGACAGAACUAGCAAAAAUCAAGAUUGUUUUUAUACCCAAAAUCAAAAUAAAAGCAUUUCAAUUGUCUCAUUAAAAAAUUGAAUCA